AAUAGAAAAGUAGACGCCAAAGCAGGCAAAUGUUUAGUUCCACAUUCGAGACUGAGCCACCAUGAAGCCGUUUCUGCUCUUCUGGAUACUGUGUGGCGCGUGCUCUGUCAGCACCAUGAGUCUGCCAGAGAACGCGUGCGAUCAGCCGCCUGGUGUCGUUGGGAUUUGUCGGAUGGCAUUGUCCUCGUUUACCUAUGAGAAAUCCAAAAACGAGUGCAUCUCGUUCCUCUAUGGCGGCUGCGAAGGCAAUCAAAAUCGUUUUGAGACCGUUGAAGCGUGCACCAAGACCUGCAUGAAGACGAUUUGGUAGAACAAAUAAAUUGAUAGCUUGUUCGGCCACUAAUCGAAAGGCA